AUGAGGAACAACAACUUCACCUCCCACGAAGACGAUGAAAGUAGCACUGACCAGACUAGGUGUCCCUUUGCCGCCCAUACCAGGAAGACACAACCCCGAGGGGAUUUCACGCCGGAGGACACAGCGCAUCACAUCAUUCGCGCUGUGACCGAUGAUGAAGCGGUAUCAAACACGACAAGCGCUUCCUUGGAACGUGGUCUUGCCUUUCGUUGCUCGAAAUGUUUUCGUCCGUACAAGCGUCGACUAAUUGAUGUUACGACAGUCACAUAUCAAUCCAACAUAGGUCAGGGCUUCCGAUUUUUGCGGCAGCUUUGGGUCAACAAUGCAAAGUAG